AUUCACAUCUAACAACAUGUUUGUGUUUCUCCUGCAGAUGAUUGAUGGAUGCCAAAGAUAUCAGGCGUGGAUCUUGUGAGGUGACUCUGUGACGUUGGUGUUAUGAUGAGAAUUCAAUCUGAUGUGUUUUUUUUUAAUCUUUGGAGAUCUGUUGGGAAAAAUACUAAUUCAGUUCAAUCUCACACAGAUGCUCUUGAUGUUCUUUAGCUACGUGGAAAACUCGCACAAAAAACUCCUCAGGUCUGAUAUGAAACAGAUCCUAUGAACAUUGUUAAAAAUCUUUGCAUUCCUACUAGGAAUCUGUGUGGAUUUGAGGCGCUUGUUGGGUCAUUUAAGGAGAUUGAAGCCGAUUAAAAGUGUAAAAUGUGGACAUAUGGAGUGAAGCUGGUUGUGAUUCAGAUGGACAGAUGUUUUCCUUUGGGCUGAAUAAAGAACCUCCGCUGUUUCCUGCAGCCUCAGGAUUUUGUAAGAAUGUGAGAUUCAUUUCAGAGAAUCUCAUCUCCAAUGUAAAGAGUUUUUAUCUCCUGAAGAGAAACACACAAGAUGUGUACAGACAGUAAUGUGCUACUACAGUGAUACACACACACACACACACACACACACACACAGUGUGUCACUAAUGUGUUAACUGCACAGCUGCGUCACAAACACAACGGCUACAUGAGCAGAAGCUCAGUUGUUCUCUCUCAGGUCCUGGAUGGAUGAUAUUGAGGUCAGCGGAAACUCCACCCAGUCUCAGUGGGAGGGGUCACAGCGACACCAAAGCUGAAUCAUUCUCACUGUUUCUCUCUCUCUCUCUCUCUCUCUCUCUGUCUUUAUGUAUUGCUGCCUGUCUCUCUGAGCGAGCACAAGUGAGCGAGUGAGUCCAGCAGGACGGGUGGAUGGGUCGAUCGCAGAUCAGAGCUCAUGAUGUUCCUCCAGGUGUCUCUCCAGCUUCUUCUGAUGCUCAGCCAAAUGGACGUUUGCUCUGGAUUUCCUGCAGAGGAUGAGGAUUAUUACAUGCAGGAACUUCUGAGUCGAGAACAUUAUCAUCAGAUCCCAUCGCCAGAGGAGGUUCUGCCAACCGACAGUCGGGACGCGUCAGGAGGAACCGUUAGAAAGGAAACCAAAACCAAAAUAUUUGCAUCCAAAAAAUCUGCUGGGUCUGAUUCCACAUCAGUAACAAAUGGGAAUAAAAAGAGAGAGAAAAAUCAAAAAGGAGUGAAAACAGACGACAUCAGCGAUGAUUGUCCUCCGCUGGGUCUGGAAACACUGAAGGUUGAUGAUUUUCAGCUUCACGCAUCCACCAUGAGACACUACGGUCUGGGGCCGCACAGGGGCCGACUGAACAUCCAGGGCGGUCUGCUGGAGGACGAUCACUAUGAUGGUGGAUGGUGUGCAGGUAGAAACGACCCGCUGCAGUGGUUGGAGGUGGACGCUCGCAGAUUGACCAAAUUCACGGGAGUCAUCACUCAGGGACGAAGCUCUCUGUGGUCGAGCGAUUGGGUCAGCUCUUAUAAAGUUUUGCUCAGUAAUGAUUCUCACAGCUGGGUGACGCUGAAGAACGGCUCACGAGAUCUGAUUUUCAUGGGUAAUCGGGAGAAGGAGAUUCCCGUCCUCAACAACUUCCCCAAACCCGUGGUCGCUCGAUACAUCCGUGUGAACCCGCGCUCCUGGUACCCCGGCGGAAGCAUCUGUAUGCGUCUGGAGAUUCUAGGCUGCCCGUUGCCAGAUCCUAACAAUUAUUACAGAAGACGAAAUGAAAUCACCACCACGGACAACCUGGACUUCAAACAUCACAACUAUAAAGAGAUGAGACAGCUCAUGAAGGUGGUCAAUGAAAUGUGUCCGAACAUCACUCGCAUCUACAACAUCGGUAAAAGCUUCAACGGGCAGAAACUUUACGCCGUCGAGAUCUCGGACAACCCGGGAGAACACGAGCUCGGUGAACCAGAGUUUCGUUACACGGCCGGUUCCCACGGUAACGAGGUGCUGGGCCGAGAGCUGCUGUUACUGCUCAUGCAGUUCAUGUGUCAGGAGUAUCUAUCCGGUAACCCGCGGAUACGGCACCUGGUGGACGAGACCCGCAUCCACCUGCUGCCAUCCGUGAACCCCGACGGCUACGAGAAAGCCUUUGAGGCGGGAUCGGAGCUCAGUGGCUGGUCUCUGGGUCGCUGGAGUCGAGACGGCUUAGACAUCCAUCACAACUUCCCCGAUCUUAACUCGAUUCUCUGGGAAGCUGAGGCUCGUAAAUGGGUACCUCGCAAAUUCCACAACCACCACGUGCCCAUUCCAGACUGGUACCAGUCGAAAAACGCCACAGUGGCUGUAGAGACUCGUGCUCUGGUGUCGUGGAUGGAAAAGAUUCCGUUCGUCUUGGGGGGAAACCUGCAGGGCGGCGAGCUCGUGGUGACGUUCCCGUACGACCGCACGCGCUCCGUUUCCGCCGUACGCGAGCAGACGGCCACACCCGACGACCCCGUCUUCCGCUGGCUGGCGUUCUCGUACGCGUCCACGCACCGGCUCAUGACCGACGUCAGCCACAGGGUUUGCCACACGGACGACUUUGCCAAGGAGGACGGGACCAUCAACGGGGCGUCCUGGCACACGGCCGCAGGAAGUAUGAAUGAUUUUAGUUACCUGCACACAAACUGUUUUGAGCUGUCCAUGUAUGUGGGAUGCGACAAAUACCCGCAUGAAUCUGAAUUACCAGAGGAAUGGGAGAACAACCGUGAAUCUCUGCUCGUCUUUAUGGAACAGGUGCAUCGUGGGAUUAAAGGUGUGGUCAGAGACGCUCAGGGUAAAGGAAUCGCUAACGCUAUUAUCUCUGUGGACGGAAUCAAUCACGACAUUCGCACAGCGGCUGAUGGAGAUUUCUGGCGCUUGCUGAACCCUGGAGAAUAUAACGUGAGGGCGAGAGCUGAGGGUCACAGCGUCAGCAGUAAAGUGUGUGAGGUGGGAUAUAAGAUGGGGGCCAGCAGGUGCGAUUUUGUGCUCAGCCGCUCCAAUCUGUCACGAAUUAAAGAAAUCAUGAAGAAAUUCAACAAGCAGCCAAUCAGCAUGCGGCUGCCACGUCAGAGACAGAACACAUAGAGGAGUGUGUGUGUGUGUGUGUGUGUCUGUCUGUCUGUUUGUGUGUGUGUGUGUGUGUGUGUGUGUGUGUGUGUGUGUGUGUGUGUGUGUGUGUGUGUGUGUGUGUGUGUGUGUGUGUCUGUCUGUCUUUUUGUGUGUCUGUCUGUCUUUUUGUGUGUGUGUGUGUGUGUGUGUGUGUGUGUGUUUGUAUUAAAUGAAGAUGUAUAUUGUAUGGAUUUGUGGAUUGUUGUGAGUUUUGUAGCAAUGACUCUAAGACCAGAAUCACAGCUAUUGUGUUAUUGUGUCUUUGUGUCAUAUAAACUGACUUGUGUUACAGAAGCUGUUUUAUUGUGAUAUUGCAUCUAUUUGCUUUGGUAAUAUUUCUGGCAGAUUUGUUCAGCUUCUCUGUUUAACAAGUUUUAUUCUCACACUUUCAUUUUUAUGGAAAGCUCAUAGGAUAAAACAAACAAUAAUGCAGCAUGUGGAGUAACAUAAAUGUAUAAAAUCUUAGAUUACUAAAUGUAGCUGUUGUGAUUUUCUCUCACAUCAACUUAAUUUGUAAGUCUUAAAUUAAAAACAAGUUCCUGCAUGCAAUACACCGUUACUGUAAUCAUUUCUGCUCGUUGUCUAUAUCGUAAUUCAUCUUUUGACUUUUUGUAACACAAUCUUCAUCCCAAAUCCAUUUACUGACCGCUAUUAUAAUGUUUAUUCUGAAUAUUAUUACAUAAAGCGGAAAUAAAACUCAUUUGAACGGUGA